AAGUCAGCAACCAGUCGGACAAAACCGUGGUAACGUGCUCCGUCGGUGUGACGAGCGCAGUCAGUUUAUCCGUCAGGCCGUCAGCGAGAAGCAGUGACGACGUCUCCUUCGCAGGAGGCCGGGUUUGCACUUAAUCACCGAGUUGAUUUCAAGGGAAUAACGCCUUGCAAUUAAGCCGUGUGCCGACUGAUCGCGAAACAAGAGCCAGCCAGCUCCGCACUUAUUCGUGCUCGGUGAUUAUGCAGCUGAGAGCAGGCGAGCGCGUUCGGCGUCGACCGACCGACCCUGCGGGCGCUCGUCGCCAUUAAUGCUCGUGUGUUUGCAAAGGCUGUGCUUGUCGCCGCGCACCGACGACGACACGUCGACGCAAAAGCAACAACCAGCCACCGUGCAACUACAGCAACAGCAGCAGCAACGAGUUUCGGAGCCGGCAGCCGAGCAGCGGACCCAGCAGGGCAGCCAAUCCUCCUCAGCCAUGGCGACCGUGGCGGCCAGGGCGGCGGCCAACCUGAACACGACGGCCACGGCGGCCAACAACAACAACGUCGACCCGCAGGCUGUGCUUGCGGCCAAAGAGGAGCGCAUCAAGGAGCUGGAGCAGCAGCUGCGUCUCCGGGACGAGGAGAUCGUCGAGCUUCGCUCGCACCUCGACAAAUUCCAGAGUGUAUUCCCGUUCCACGCGGCGGCCGGCUCGCCUAGCGUGGCCGCCCGGCCGCGUAAGCAGAGGGCUCAGGGCAUUUCGGCUGAACCCGUGCAGGAACUCGGCCAGCACAAGCUCCCCGUCUUCCCCAAGAAUGACAGGUCGCGCGAUCUGAUCAAGGCGGCCAUCCUGGACAAUGACUUCAUGAAAAAUCUGGAAAUGACGCACAUUUCGGAAAUCGUGGACUGCAUGUACCCAGUCGAGUACAAGGCGGGUAGUCUAAUCAUCAAAGAAGGCGACGUCGGCAGCAUCGUCUACGUCAUGGAGGAGGGUCGCGUAGAAGUGUCUCGCGAUGAAAAGUACCUCAGCACCCUGGCGCCAGGCAAGGUGUUUGGCGAGUUGGCCAUCCUGUACAACUGCAAGAGAACGGCCACCAUAAAAGCCGCUACCGACUGCAAGCUGUGGGCGAUUGACCGACAGUGCUUCCAGACCAUUAUGAUGAGAACUGGCCUCAUUCGCCAAGCUGAGUAUACCGACUUCCUGAAAAGUGUUCCUAUUUUCAAAAACUUGCCAGAAGAAACGUUGAUCAAAAUAUCAGAUGUUCUCGAAGAGACUUUCUACAAUGAAGGCGAUUACAUUAUCAGACAAGGCGCUCGAGGGGACACGUUUUUCAUUAUAAACAAAGGAAAGGUCAAAGUCACCAUCAAGCAACCAGACACAACCCAAGAGAAGUACAUCCGCACCCUACACAAAGGAGACUUCUUUGGAGAGAAAGCUCUUCAAGGGGAUGACCUGCGCACGGCCAACAUUAUCGCUGAUGAUGCCGAGGGAGUCUCGUGUCUGGUCAUUGACAGAGAAACUUUCAACCAGCUGAUUUCUGGCCUGGACGAAAUCAGAACUCGCUACAAGGACGAAGUGGUGGAAAGGAGGAGGAUUAAUGAGGAGUUCAAAGACAUCCGGUUGCAGGACUUGCGCAUUAUUUCCACCCUUGGCGUCGGAGGAUUUGGUCGCGUCGAGUUGGUGCAAAUUAAUGGUGACAACCAUCGCUCUUUCGCCUUGAAGCAGAUGAAGAAGGCGCAGAUCGUGGAGACUCGGCAGCAGCAGCACAUCAUGUCCGAGAAGGAAAUUAUGGGCGAAGCAAACUGCGAUUUUAUUGUCAAGCUGUUCAAGACUUUCAAGGACCAAAAGUACUUGUACAUGCUGAUGGAGUCCUGCCUUGGCGGGGAGCUGUGGACCAUUCUGCGCGAUCGUGGUCACUUUGAUGACUCAACCACGAGGUUCUACACAGCCUGCGUUGUGGAAUCGUUCGACUAUUUACACAGCCGCAACAUCAUUUACCGCGACCUCAAGCCAGAAAACUUGCUGCUUGAUAACAACGGCUAUGUCAAGCUUGUUGACUUUGGAUUUGCCAAGAAACUUUUGCAUGGACGCAAAACAUGGACCUUCUGCGGCACUCCAGAGUACGUAGCGCCUGAGGUUAUUCUAAACCGUGGUCACGACAUCAGCGCUGACUACUGGUCGUUGGGAGUGCUCAUGUUUGAGCUCUUGACUGGCACUCCACCUUUCACUGGCGCUGACCCCAUGAAGACAUACAACAUCAUCUUGAAGGGAAUCGACGCCAUCGAGUUCCCGCGCAACAUUACCAGACAUGCUAUUGCACUCAUCAAGAAACUCUGCAGGGACAAUCCAGCUGAAAGACUUGGAUACCAGAAAGGUGGAAUAAGCGAAAUCCAAAAGCACAAAUGGUUUGACGGCUUCAACUGGGAAGGGCUAAGGAGCCACACUCUGAUUCCACCAAUUCUCCCGCAAGUCAAGAGUGAGAUUGACGUAUCCAACUUUGAUGAGUAUCCUCCUGACGCCGAGGGAAUUCCUCCAGACGACGUCUCAGGCUGGGAUAUCGACUUCUGAGUUAUUUCCACACUGUCGCAUAACUAAUAUUUUUGUACGAUUUACUCGGCUUGUACAUAAUUAUUACGAUAGGCAGCAACUUAAGCUAGCUGACGGAGGUUGGACAAGAAGAAACGAUUUUGUCCUCGCACAUUGAAGUGAUUAGUGCUUAAGUGAUCUUCGCCAGACAUCUUUUGUUUGGCACCGAGUCUAUAUGCAUUACGUUUUUGUAUAUGGAAAAUCAAAUUCUAUUAAUUGUUGUUUGCGCUUUAAGAUGGUUAGAGAGCCAUGUGGCGUUUAAAUUAACCAAAAUACGUCAAAAGCGAUGAGCAAGUUUGCAAUCGCAAUCAUUGGAAAGUUUUGAUUUUUGGCUUCGGAAACCCAGCGUAAUAAUACUUUUCAAGCUUGCCAAUCCAGAUAAUAUUGAUUAACAGUUGACUGUGAAAAGCUUGAUAUUUUUGUGAAAUGAUUCACACGAUUGUUCAAUUUGAUUAAUGGUUUAACUGCAAUUAUUUCCUCUGUGCCUUUUAGAUUGUCUUUUAUACAUAUUUCAGUUGUUAAAGAGUUCCCUUUGUCGUUGAUGAUGAACAUUGUGAAGAAAACGGUGCAGGGCACCCUUGCUUGGAUGGAAACUAACACUAAGUGUUAAAAUUAAAAUUUCUUAUCUCGGAAGUGAUUUAUUUUGUGACUUUAUAGUUAAAAGGCUACUUAAAUAAUAAAGACGUCUUCCAAAUUGACUAUAAACACGAGAGGAUGCCUCAAGUGCUAUGAAUUCUAUAACUGUUCCAAAAGAUUUUUGAAAAUAAUUCACAACGCCAAUGAUAUAUUAAAGCAGCACCAAGAUAACGCGAGUGCCUUUUUCUAUUAUAACCAUGAAGUGAAUCGUAAACCAGUGUCUUUGGUGAUGCAGCAGAACUCUUUGAGGUGAAAGGGUGGAAAGUUUCUUAAGUGUCCUUGUUACCUCUGCAGCAGAGGCUCUGCUCCUUUGAAUAGCGUGAAUUAAAUGAACUGACCUUGAGUAAAACUUAAUUUAGAAAAGCUUACAUUUAUUUAACUAUAAGCUGUUUUAGAUUUCAAAGAGUGGACAUUUUUUGAAAUUUUUGACGAUUUGAUAUUGAAAAAGUUCACUUUUUGGUGUCAGCGCUUAAAAAAAUGAAAGUUAAUUCUUAGAACCGUAGCACAGCUUUAAAUAUGCAGAACACUUUACUUCAACUUAAACCAAUUAUUGUUGUUUAAAAACGAUAUUCUUGUUACAAAUUAAAACAAACGUUCCAAUUCCAACAGCAUAUAAUGUAAAGAUUUUGUCAAAUUUUGAUAUUUAUUGAUGCUUUCAGUCAUCCUUGUCUUUUUCAAGCACAUAAUGUAUAAUAAAAUUCUCCUCAUUUUUCUUAUUGUCUGUAAGCAAUAAACAAAAAUUAAAGAAACUAACAACCACACCAUCAAUUUAUAUGAUUAUACUAUUUGUAUUUGCAAGACAAUAACAAUCGGUUAAUUUAUUGUAAUGAGAAAAUAAAACUAAAACUUUAAAAA